ACUAAGUGUGCCCGUGAAUAGAAACAGGAAGAAUUUCCCAGCUGCAAAUUCAGUCAUAUAGAUGGCCAUGAUUGAAUGGACAGAGAGAAGUGCAAAAGCAACACGGAUUCAUGCGCUGUUGUGCUGCUUCGCUGUCCUGUCAUUGGAAUGAAACUGAAACGUUAUCAUCAUUAUAUGUGGACUCCGGACGCACAUGUUGAAUUCUGACCCGACUUACCCUACAAGAGCAUGUUCAUCAACAUGCUUUCUCAUUCUCCUGUGGAGUAACCAAGACUGGUAUAGAAGAGGACGCGUCUGUCUGUUAAUACUGUGGAUUUAUGCCAGUUUUCAUUAAAAAAAAAAACGCUUUGGAUUGAAUGAUUUCUUCUGUGUUAAUAUCCAUAAUAUUGACGCUCACAGCCUGCAGACCGAAUUGGGCAAGUGUGAGGUGGCCAUGAGGAUGCUAUACAUCAUGGCUGACCAUCUGGAGUGUCUCAACUACACUUUGUACAGAAAUACGUCCUUAUCCUAGCAUCUUAUCCAUACAUCACAAAACCCUAUAAACUGCCAAACAAGGGAAUAUAACCUUGGUAUCUCGCCAUCUUUGCAUCUCUUCCCCUCACUGCUUUCAAACCAAUGCUACAUUAUUUAUAUCAUGGGAUGCAUGAAAUCCAAGCACCGCGACCCCACUCAGAACUCCAGCUCAUCGGAGAAAGUGGAUGGCAAGCCAGGAAAGCAAGGAGAGAAAGCAGUUCUAGUUUUCUCAGAGAUUGGCUCCAUGGAGGACCCGGGAUGGGUCAAUCCGGUGCUGCUGGACUAUGCCCAGAGACUCUCAGAGGAAAUUGUGGCCCGUGCAGUACAACAAUGGGCUGAGGUGGACAGCCGGUACAGUGACAUCCCCUACAUUGAGUGUGAUGUGCCAUAACGUUUCAACUGGAUGAAGUAAGAUUGGAUUGGCCUGGCUCACACCCCUCCUGUAUGUAAAGGAGAGCUUUCAGAUAGACAACUUCAGGCCAGUGGAGGAUCAUGUCAUUUUGGGAAGCUGUUCUUUUGAUCUCUGAAAACCUCUUUUUUUAUACCAAUUAAGGAUUCACAUGAAAUAUUCAGCCAUUUUUUGUUUUUACACAUUAAAAGUUUUAGGGUCCUGUUUCCUUAACUAAGAGCUGUUAUACCACAAGACUGCAUCUUUUUAUGUCUCGUUUACCCUCAAAGCCCAGUCGUAUAAUUAGAGUCUCUGCAACUGUCUAAAGGCCACAAUCAUCCCAACCAUGUUUAGUACAGACUUAAAUUUUUUUGCCUUUAGUAUUUUCAUGUUCAUGUGGCUCAGCACAUCAGACAGUACCUCAUUUCUAUUUUCCAUCCAUCCAUUGGUCUUGGUCACAUUAGUGAAAUUUCAUUGGCAAAAAAGGUCCAUUGGCAAUAGUGUAGUGAUGACUUUCAAACCAAGAAUCUUUGUUGGUCAGCACUGAGAAUUCAAGCGACCUACUUGAACCCAUAGCAAAAUCUGUGUGGGGAAAUCUUUCGCCCUUGAUGCAAAAUUCCUGAUCAUGUGGAUUCCUAUUGAAAUGGCUGGAUUUUGUCCGUGAAAAAUCAUUGAAAAAU